UGCCCCUCCCAGGGAUUAAGAGUCCUCUAUAAAGGGGACUAUCCACUCCGACCACGUCAAGGGGGUACCAGGAACCCAGACAUUGUGCCCAUCCCCCCUGCCAUGUGGGAACUUCGGUCAGCCUCCUUCUGGAGGGCCAUAUUCGCUGAGCUCUUUGCCACCCUCUUCUAUGUCUUCUUUGGUCUGGGGGCCUCGCUGCGUUGGUCCCCUGGCCCACUGCAUGUCUUGCAGGUGGCUCUGGCCUUUGGCCUGGCCCUGGCUACGCUGGUGCAGGCCGUUGGCCAUAUCAGUGGAGCCCAUGUCAAUCCUGCAGUCACUUUUGCCUUCCUUGUGGGCUCCCAGAUGUCCCUGCUCCGUGCCUUCUGCUACAUGACAGCCCAGCUCCUGGGAGCUGUGGCUGGGGCUGCCAUGCUAUACAGUGUUACCCCGCCUGCCGUCCGAGGAAACCUAGCACUUAACACGUUGCAUCCUGGGGUGAGUGUGGGCCAGGCCACCAUGGUGGAGAUCUUCCUGACACUCCAGUUCGUGCUCUGCAUCUUUGCUACAUAUGAUGAGAGGCGAAAUGGCCGUCUGGGCUCUGUGGCCCUGGCUGUUGGCUUCUCCCUCACCCUGGGGCACCUCUUUGGGAUGUAUUAUACUGGUGCAGGCAUGAACCCUGCCCGCUCCUUUGCUCCUGCCAUUCUCACUCGAAACUUCACCAACCACUGGGUAUACUGGGUGGGCCCAAUCAUCGGAGGGGGCCUGGGCAGCCUCCUCUAUGACUUUCUUCUCUUCCCUCGGCUCAAGAGUGUUUCUGAGAGACUGUCUAUCCUCAAGGGAGUCAGGCCCAGUGACCCCAGUGGACAACCAGAGGGCACAGGGGAACCUGUUGAACUGAAGACGCAGGCCCUGUAAAAGCUUCACCUGGACAGAAGGAAGCUUCUGGGUUUACGUGGAGGGGCUGAGCCAGCCUCUGGAUGAAGAAAGAGAAUGUGGGGAGGGGCAUGUACUUCUUUAUUUUUUUAAUUUAUGUGUGUGUGUGUUUUUUUCCUUUUGCUGUGUGAAAUCUUUCAAGUUGCAUUCAUGAGCUGGUUGGUGCAAACUUCCCUUCCUCCCCACCCCGCCUCCCAUCGCCAUGUGUACAUGAUUUGUACGUAUGAAUGUGGGUGAGUGUGGCUGUCUGAGUUUUGGGGCACAAGCGCUAGGGAAGGAGAAAAAGGCAUCAUCCUAUGCCUCCCUCCCCUAACCCAGUGUGGUGAGCACAGGGAACUAAGACCUUGAGUUUCUGGCCUUUACCCUGCUACCAGUCAGCGUGUGGCUCUUGAUUUCUGAGGGAGCAGGGAAGCUGGAAGUUACUCCUCACAGGCGGCAGAUGAAGAGGAGUGGAGGAGACAAGGCAUUUCAAGAGUUGGAAGAAGGGGCUCAGUAUUUCUCUGGACUGAGGCUGAGAUGCUCAUGGAGGUGGGAGUGAGGGGAGAGGUGGUGGUGGUGGUGGGGAAUAGGGGUAUGAGCCCCAAGUCAGGAUGCAAUUGGACAAAAAAUUUUGCAGAAGUUAAUGGAAGAGUAUAGCCUAUUUACCUCAGGGAUGCUUGCCCCAGGGGCUUGGGUGGGGAAGUAGCUCUGAGAAAAGUGAACACUGGGGUUUGAGCUAUUCUUUAAAGCCCUAUAAACCUGUCUACAACCACUGGCUGGGUUGUGUGUUCAUUCUGGCAUGAUGGAUCUCUUCAGAGGCCCUGGGCCAGCAAGCUCCCAACCUUAAAUAAGGGGCGGAUGAGCCUAGAAUCUAGAAAAAGUAAGCAAUUUAACAAUUCUGCCUGAUAUCCCCCAGAUUAGCCUCCUGGUAGCUGAUACUUAAACCCUAGAAGAGUUCUCCGAGGCCACAACAGGAACAGGAAACCUGAUGCCUGGAGUAAAUUGGGGGGGGGGGUGGUUGCACUUAGGAAGGAGAGAGGCUGAUGACUCUCUCAGGGUUUUAAUUAACUCAGAGCAAAUAGAAACACUCUUCAAAUGGCAUCUUUCUGCUUUUAUCACUAGUUCUACAGUCCCCUUUAUCUUCCUUUUUCGUGUGUGUCAUUUCACUUUUCUCUCAUCUGUCUUUUCAUCUUGAAGCAAGUCUUUUCUAACUCUCCUUCAUACUCCAGAAAUCUAUUCCUUUUAUUCAAAUGCUUAAUAAUUCAGGAGAUAAUUAUCCCUUUGAGCUAUUAUCCUCUUUUGUUGUUGGCAAAUACACUUAUUUGAGCAGAGGCUGGAGGAGACCCUCAACUGAUUGAUGAAUAUUGUUGAUCUCUUCCUUUAAUGAAUCUCAUGCAUACUUCUCUAGCUUUAAGCCUAUGCCUAAAGGAUAACAAACCAAACGAAACCAAACCAAACCAGUUGCUACCGAGUAGAUUCUGAGUCAUAGCUACCCCAUGUGCUCCACAGGGUUUUCAAUGGAUGAUUUUUUUGAAACAGAUUACCAGGCCUUUCUUCUGAGGUGCCUCUGGGUGGACUUGAACCUUCAAUCUUUCGGUUACCAGCCUAGCACAUUAAUUGUUUGCACCACCAAACCCUAUGAAGCAAUUCUACUCUGCACACAUGGGGUGGCCAUGAGUCGGAAUCUACAGGGACUAACAGCAACAGCAGGGACUACAGUAUGACGAAACCAAACUCAAAGCCGGUGCCAACCAGUGGAUUCUGACUCUUAGCAACCCUAUAGGACAGAGUAGAACUGCCCCAUUGGUGGAUUCAAACUGCUGACCUUUUGGUUAAUAGCGUAGCUCUUAACCACUGUGCCACAAGUGCUUCUAGAGUAUGACGGACCCCCUCCCCCCACACACAAAAAGACUAUUCCUCCCCUUACUCCAAAUCUCCACGUCCUCCCAAUAAAGCCUAACUUUUCUAACCAUUUGGAGCCCAGGUGGCGCAGUAGUUGAGAGGUUGGCUGCUAACCUAAAGGUCGGCAGUUCGAGUGCACCAGCGGCUCCUUGGAAGCCCUGUGAGACAGCUCUACUCUGUCCUACAGGGUUUUUAACGAGUCAGAAUGGACUCUACAGCAACGCGUUUGGUUUCGGGUUUUCUAACAAUUUAUGCCUUGGAACAGUCCACUUGACUAGAAGGGGAAGAACGUUUAUAAUUCGCCUCUAAAAGACUUUGAUUCUUAUUAUCUCAAGACAUCAGAAAAUUCAUAGCACUUUGUUUUGUAGCUCAUU